AUGGCAGACUUCCUCAGACCAAAGAAUACCAACCCACGUGGAAUUCCAGAGGCCCCUUUCAUCGAGAAGGUCGAGGCUAUCAUUAAGAAUCCAGAUUCGGAGUUCGAUGGAGUAUUACAGGCGUUCCAGGAGAGAUUGCAGCAGUACAAGUACAUGGAGCUCUCCAAGAAACAGCAGCUAGCCGAUUUGAACACCAAGAUCCCAGACAUCGAGAAGAAUCUUGAGGUGAUUGAACAUAUGAAGUAUACCAAGGAAGAAUCAGAUAAUAAAACCAUCGAGGCCAACUACGAAUUGGACAGCACAUUGUAUACGAAGGCUGUGAUCGAUGAAGAAAACUUAGACUCGGUGUACUUGUGGUUGGGUGCCGAAGUCAUGUUGGAAUAUCCACUUGACGAAGCAGUAGAACUCUUAAAUGUGAGAUUGAAGAACAACAAGGAGCAGUUGGCCACUGUCAAAGAGGAUUUGGAGUUUUUGAGAGAGAACAUCACCACCAUGGAGGUCAACACCGCCAGAUUGUAUAACUGGGACGUGGAGAGAAGGAAAAAGUUGCGUACGAGUGAAGAGGCAUCGAGAUCUUGA